CCAUCUAUUUAGUCCACCCUGCAAUCAAGUUCACCAUCUAUCAUCUCUCCACAUUCAACAAAAUCUCUUUCUCUCUCCCUAUAAAACCACACUCUCUCUCCCUAUAAAAACCACACUCACCAUGAAUGCAGAUUCAGUAUCCCACACAAUGUUCACACAAUCUGUAUCCAAUCCUUCAGUAUGGGCUUCAAUGCACAGCUGGUUCACCCCCACUGUUUUCUUUGUGCUCCUCAAUCUCAUGGUUGGCACCAUUCUCUUCAACUCAAACUUGCUUACUCAAAAACAAACCUCACAGCAAGACCAAGAAGACCAAGAUGCAAAUUUCCAAAAUGACCAUCGUGCCCCUAAGCUCACUAGAUCACCUUCUGUGCUCAAACGCCUCAAAUCUUUGAAUUUUCGAAACUUCAGGUCCCAUGAAGCUGCACAGAUUCAAGAAACCCUAGAUCAAGAAACCAUGCACAAGGAAAAUGCAAGUGCUCAGGCCCAAGCCCAAGCCCAAGCCCAAGCCCAGGCCCAGUUCAUUCUUGAGCAAAGUCAUGAAGAUGAAAGCCCAUUAUCAGAAACAGAUGAUGAGAGCUUAUCAGAUGAGGAGGAGUUGCAGAGCUUAGAUGAAGUGUACAGUCAGCUAGGUCAUGAGUUCAGUGACGGUAACUUUAGCAGAACUACCUCUGAGACUCAGCCGGCUUCCGGGCAAGUUCCGGCGAAGUUGCCGGCCAAGAUGAAGAAGUCAGCUAGCAUGAAGUCACCCUUUGCUCAUUUUGAGGAGAUGGACAUUGUGGAGACCAGGAGGCCAGCUACCGUGAGGGAGAAGAAAUCUACCGAAGCCGACGAAGAAGUCGAUGCGAAAGCCGAUGAUUUCAUCAACAAGUUCAAGCAGCAGCUGAAGCUGCAGAGGAUGAACUCGAUUCUUAGGUACAAGGAAGUUAUCAGCAGAGGGAAUGCAAUGUGAAAAAGAAAAAAAAAACAAAAACAAAAAAAAACUAGAGUUCUUGGGUUGUUAAGUAAGUUUUUGAAAGUUGGGGGUUUGUUCCGGAAAGUGGUGAAAGAAUGGGGAGGUUUGUGCUAUUGUGGGAUGAAUUAUUGUAUGGGCAUUUUGGCCCAUUUGAUUUUGCACAUGGUAGAGACUAGGUAGUGGUUGGAAUUAUAUGAUUCUAUAUUUUCUUAAUAUUUGUUAGUAAUGUUGUUGGAGAUUAAAAUUAUGGUUAGGAAUUUAAUGGCUGUGCUUAUCCAAAUGUACCCUUGAUUGUUGUAGUUUAUCUCAA